AUACAGAAUUGUUUUAGGAUCACAUAACCUUGAUGGUCUGCUAAACAUGUAGUCUUCAUAUUUCAGAUUCUCUGAUAACUGAUUGGUAAAGCACGGCCUAUAUCGUGUGGAAGUAUCUCUCAGACAAUGAAUUACUUCUCAGGUAAUACACUACAUCCAACAUAGAAUCAGUCCUACCUACCAAGCGAAAUUCUGCAUUGGGAGAAUCGAGGUCUAGGGCGUGGGAUGUUAGGUUGGAACCAUAACUCUGAAUCUCCACCAACACAAACUUGCACGAAUGAGCUUACCAACAGUAAUACCAAUGAUAAUCCCUCCAGGAUGACAAGGCAUAACUAAUAGCGAGAGAAAAUGAGCAAAUGGGUGACUUUCAAGCCCACACAGACUCGGUGAAUGGUGGCAUCUGUGCGGUUUUUCCUUAGCCGCCAAGCGCGCCAAGCGCCUUGAGGCAGCACUAGAAGUGAAAACUGUCGACAACAAGGACCUUGAUGGAUGAGGACCUUGAUGGCCGUCAGGUGUGGUGCCGCUUCGCCCAUUAUGUCUGGGCUGGGAGGCGAGCAGUGUUGGAUUGGUCCUGCCGGCAUCCCCACAGACCUACAUUUGGUCGCCCGGAUCGCGGUUGACAUACAUACAUAUAUAUGUCCACCGAGGCGUCGGAGAUAGAUAGCCUUCUCCCAGUUAUACAGCCAUACUAUUACUUCUCAUCCUAUAUCGUGAUCGUAUUUCAAAGGUAGAAAUAUGGUUCGGGUUCAUGCAGCUGCCGCUUCGUUGGCCCUGUGUCUCUCUGCCAAUGUAUUACACGGCGCAGUUGCCGCGUUUUUACCGCACAGAGAAGAUCCGUCUGCUGCAAUAAUCACGGCCACCACGACUAUCACACGGCGCGCGGCUGACUUCACCGAAAUCACCGGUUGCCAUGCUCAUGAUGAUGAAGUUUUUUGCUACGUAGGCACAGACGAGUACGAGGUUAUUGUACCACCGGAUGCGACGGGUGAAAUACAACCAACAUACACGGGCUGCCACGCACACGAGAGCGAAAUCUUCUGUUUUGGCGAUAACGAUGUAGAGGUCGAGGUCCUGGUCGAAGCCAACGAUGCUGACCAUGACCAUGAUCACGACCACGACCACGCCGAAGAGGAACAUAGCGAGGAUGAACACUGUCAUUUCCACGCCGGCAUAGAGCAUUGCCCUGGCGACUCCGAACAUGGCGAGGUCCAAUGUUCGCGCCGUGACCGUGACUACAACAUUCCACUCAGAAUCGGUCUCGUCUUCGUCAUGCUGAUAACGAGCUUGAUCGGUGUCGCAAUACCCAUCUUCCUCAAGCCACUGUUGCCAGAGAGAUUCCAGGACAUCUUCGUAUUACUGAAACAGUUCGGCACCGGCGUUAUUAUUGCUACAGCACUGAUUCACCUCUUGACCCACGCGAAUCUCAUGUUCACAAACCCGUGUCUCGGCGAGCUUGAAUACGAAGCAGUAACCGCCGCCAUCGUCCUAGCCGGCAUGUUCAUCGCCUUCCUAGUCGAGCACAUCAGCCACCGCGUCGCGCGGAAAUACUGGUCCAAGACCCCUGACUCCAACGACAUUGUCAGCGUAUUGGUUCUUGAAGCCGGAAUCAUCUUCCAUUCGCUCCUCGUCGGGCUCACCCUCGUCGUCGCCGGCGACAGCGUCUUCAUCACGCUCUUCGUCGUCAUCGUAUUCCAUCAGGCCUUUGAGGGCAUCGCCCUCGGUUCCCGCAUCGCGACUGCCGGCCGCCUGGGCAAGCACGCGGAACCUGCCUUGGACGCAUCUACGUCCGCAUUAAAUAAAAUGUCGCCCCAAACAACUGUCGAACCCCACUCCUCGUUGAAUAGCGCAGAAGGCGUCUGGCAGCCCCUGAGCAUGUGGGAGAAGCUGUCUAUGGCCACGGCCUUUGCCCUCGUCACGCCCGUCGGCAUGGCGAUUGGCAUUGGCGUGCUGCACUCGUUCAAUGGAAAUGAUCCCAGUACUGUGGUCGCUAUCGGUACAUUGGAUGCCUUGUCUGCUGGCAUUCUCUUGUGGGUUGGUGUAGUUGAGAUGUGGGCUACGGACUGGUUGUUUGGCGGCGAGCUAGAGGAUGCUAAGACCUCGACUACAGUGCUCGGAGGGGUCGGUCUUGUGGCUGGUAUGGUUCUCAUGGGGCUGCUGGGUAAAUGGGCGUAGUGUCCUGGAUUGUAAAUUCUCAAGGCGAUUAGAGAUUCUGGUUGGCUAAUACCGAAUUGAUGCUGAUUGGAAUCACUGUGUCUUGAAUUCUUGCGCGUCACACGUCUGAUGCUAUUGGGAGGAUAAUCAUUUACUGCAUUUCACGAGAGUCCAUCUACGACGAGGAGUGAACUAGAGUCAGAAAGUCUUAUGUUCGUAUAUCCCUAGAUAAUUGAGAGUGAACUAUCGUUAAGAGAAUAUUAGUAAUUAUGAUACAAUUCUGCAAUCGUGAUCUGAAUAUAGAUUAUGUCAGGCACAGCCUCUCUCCACUGCCCUGUCUUAGCUAUCACAGUUAACCACACGCAGCGUCUUGAAUAAAUACUUAACUCCUAAAAAUUGGAGUCUCUCAUCUAAUAGCUUGCCGUUAUUACGAGUAUUUCUCCGUUCUUUCACGUAUGAAUUUCUGGCAGAUCGCGUCGAGAGCUUCGCCACUUGUUGCGACAAUGUCGUACCAUUCAGAAGCAAUGUCCCUUCUAUCUUUCUAAUGGCAUAUUCGGCCAUCUAAAUCCACUCACGUCUUCGCGUGGAAACUGGUGGCUUG